AUGACUUUUCGAGAUAAUUUAUCUGUUCGUUCAUUGAGAGCUGAAGGUGUCUUAACCGAGAAGGACGAUGAAAAAAACGUCUCGGUCAAAGACGGUGAGGCUGAUGCACCGCCUGACGGUGGUUUGACAGCUUGGUGCGUGGUUUUGGGAGCCUGGUGUACUUCAUAUUGUAGCUUUGGCUGGUUGAAUAGCGUGGGGAUCUUCCAAGAGUACUAUCAAAGAGAUAUUCUGAGGAACUAUUCGGCCAGUACCAUCUCGUGGAUCCCAUCUCUCCAGGUGUUUUUUAUGCUGGCAUCAGGGCCUUUUAUUGGCCACAUAUACGAUCGUCAUGGGCCAAGAUACAUUAUUCUGGUCGGCACGUUCCUUCACGUCUUCGGUUUGAUGAUGGCAUCAAUCUCCAAGGAGUACUACCAGAUCCUACUUGCCCAAGGUAUUUGCAGCGCCAUCGGUGCUGCCGCCAUUUUUCAGCCGGCACUGAGUAGUGUGAGUGGCUGGUUCGACAAGAACAGAGGCGUUGCCUUUGGAGUCUUAUCUACCGGUUCUAGUACCGGAGGAGUCAUUUUCCCAAUCAUGGUCACACACCUCAUUAAAAGAGUGGGCUACGGUUGGGCUAUGCGCAUAGCUGCAUUUAUGAUUCUUUUUUUGCUUGUUAUUGCAAACCUUACUGUCAGGUGCAGAGUACCGCCGCAGCCUAAGAAGCAUAAGGUUACCGCACGCGAUUUAUACCAGCCUUUACGUGAGCCCAACCUGCUUCUCAUCAUAAUGGCAUUUGCUCUACUCACGUUCGGUAUCUUCAUUCCGAUAAAUUACCUUGUGACAUGUGCAGUAGCGCAAGGAAUGUCUGUUGAUUUAUCCAAUUAUCUGCCAUCCAUCCUAAACGCGGCAAGCUUCUUCGGUCGAUUUGGAACAGGCUUGGUCGCUGACAAGUUCGGUCGCUAUAAUAUGUACAUUGUCGUUUGUACCGUCACAGGUGUUUUGAUAUUAGGCCUUUGGAUCCCAGGUUCAAGCAACGCCGCGAGCUUGGCAUUCGCCGUCUUUUUCGGAUUCUCUUCAGGUGCCUACGUAUCUCUAUCACCAGCUUUGGUUGCUCAAAUUUCUGCACCGUCGGAAUUCGGCUAUCGCAAUGGGCUGAUGUACUUUUUUGCGUCCUUCCCCGGGCUGACAACCAACCCAAUUGCAGGUGCAAUAUUAUCUCGCGACCACGGAUCUUUCCAUGGAAUGAAAGUAUUUGCUGGAGUAUGUUGUCUCGCAGGCACUGCCUUUGUGGUUGCAGCUCGUUUGCUAAAUACUGGCCCCAAGCUGCUGGCCAAAUUCUGA